GUCAAUGAAGGGACGGCUCGGGGCGGGCACAGGACUCCGCAGUCGGUGGCUGCAGUCCGCCUGCGAUUCUCAUGUCGCUCACGUCACGUACCGCGAAAACUUUACAAAAUGAAUUACGAAAAUUGUGAUAGCAGUUUACCGAUCAAACGCGAGCUCGAUUACCACGAAGACGAGGAAUACUUUAGGUACGCUCCGGUGGAAGUGGAGCGGCAUGCAGAGGCGCCAGCCUUCGCGCCCUCCUCGCCCACACAUCUCAUGGACCUCAGCGGCGGCCACGAGCGCCCGCUGCCGCACCAGUGGCCCCCCAACGUCGCUUUCGAGACUGACGAACGGGAUUACCAACAACAACAUUACGCGCCAUACGACCAACAAUACCAACGACAAACUAGAAGUUUCUAUUUCGACGACUCAAAUUCCCAGGACAGAAUAAGAGGCUACUAUGAAAAUAAUGAAAUGCCCAAAUUGGACGUGACGUAUCCGUCGUCGGAGGAUCGGAGUUCAGAAAAUGAGGAACAAAGGCGAUCGAGGAAGCGCUCGAAAUCGGCGCGGAAGAAGACGCAGUCGUUCGAGGAGAUGCAGAUCCAGCGGGUGAUGGCCAACGUGCGGGAGAGGCAGCGGACGCAGAGCUUGAACGAGGCGUUCGCGAGCCUGAGAGAAAUCAUUCCAUCGCUGCCAAGCGACAAGCUGUCCAAGAUACAGACGCUGCAGCUCGCGACGCAAUACAUAGAGUUCUUGUACCAGAUCCUGUCCAACAGCGAGGCGGGCACCAAUAGCGAGAACAGUAGCGACGCCGGCGGCGAGCACGGAAAAUAUCUCGCGCAGGACAAGCUCAGCUAUGCCUUCUCCGUGUGGAGGAUGGAAGGUGAGUGGACAAAUGGACAAACGUGAUAAGUGAACUAUUUAUGAAAAGACACUUCUCUAUUCCAUUAUUAACUUUAAGAUUAUAGUGAAUUACGCUGAUAUGAAUAAAUGUGAUAGUUAAUUAAGUAGACUUAAUUAGAGAGUUAAAUAGAUUAUAGAUAUUUCGGAUAAAUCCAUUGUUACUUGAAAAUUUUGUUUCUACAACAUGGAGUUUUGAAUACAGCUGUAUACCAAAAAAUAUGUAACAUUCUAAUUAUUACAAGUAUAAAAUUGUUAUAUUGUUUAUUAAAAUGUCCUAUAAAUAUAAUAAAAUUACUAUAUGAAUUAUAAAACUUUUUAUUCUCACAAAUUCAAGAUCCCAGUUUGCAGCAAAAACCUAUUUUAAUUAUAUAUUGUGAUUAGGUAAAAAAAUAUACAUAACAUUUACUGCAGUGCAAACUAAUUGAAAUUACUUUUUAAAGUUUAUUUUUUAGGAAAGGAUUUAUAUGCAAAAAUCAAAUUGUCAAUCUAAAUUACAAGUCCGGUUAAUAAUUUGUGAUAUCAAUAUUGAUAAUGAUAUAGUACAACUUAAAAAUCAUACUGAAAAUAAAAAAUAUGCUAGUAUGCAUCUAAAUAAAAGUGGCACGGUCAAACAUUCGGGCAACUGUUGAUAAUGAAUAAAGAAUCUUAUAAGUAAAAAAUGGAAUUAAAUAUAAAAGAAAAACUAAAACCGCUGAUUGACAAUAUUAAAACACUGAACAAAUGCUAAUUUUGUGAUUAGUAUAAUUUUGGACUAGGGAAAAAUAUUUUCUAAAACUUAUCGCACAUGCAGCCAAAUAUUAUAUAGGAACUUAUUUCACAAUAUUUUGAAUUCGUUAUAUUGCAUACAUGCAAAUUAGCGUAGUAGCUCGUUUUGUCAAUUUCUCAAAAUGUCAAUCAGCGCGCGAGUCGUUCUAUGUCUACUACCUAAAUAUGUCUUUCUGUCAACUUUUCGAUUUCUCGAAUUAACGAUUCAAUUAAAGGAGAUAAUUAUAUAAUUAUCACUUUACUUACAUGCAUGUUAAGAUAUAGGAAAUCAUAUGUGCCACCACAAAGAAAGUAUGCAAACAUAAUUUAUUUUCCUAUAAUUAGACAUAUUAUUAGAAAGUGGAAUCAAAAUAAAUGGUGUAAACUGAUCUAAAUACAUAUAUAGGUUUUUUAAAUUUUUAUCGUAGUUGAUAUUAUGCGAAUUGCAACAUUUAUAUGUUGUCAAAACAUUUCACAAAGUUGUCAAAACGAGCUGAUACGCUAUCUAU